CACAUGGCUGUGAGUGGAAUAGUCCAACUUCGGAGCUAAAUACAUGGAGCCAAAGAGAGGAAGGCAAGCUCUUGAGUUCAGUUAUCCCACACAGCAAGUCAGCAACGUUACAUGCUUGAUGGCUCUGCAGCGUACAGUUUCCUCUUAUGGCAGCUGAUUAGAUUGAGGGGUCAUUUUACAGGGAUGUGGACACUAGAGCUGCAACAAAGCUGUUGCUCUGCUUUGAUUUAACUGGGGGGCAUCUUUGUUCCCUCGAGGGACCUCUUACUGUUGUUGAUUUUGAGUUUCUGGAUUCCUGGAUUUGUUAUAAAGGAAGCUCAUGUUCUUUGAUUGGAGAUAAUGUGCAUGCAAGCUAUUGUGUUGGUAUCGGUUUUUAUGCUUCUGAAGAUGGAAAUGGAAGUAGCCGCUGGAGCUCUUCAUGAUCUUUGAGACUUCCCCUUUGAUAGCUCUCUACCUGUCAUCACCUUCUCUUGUUUGUGGGUGGUAAUUGUUUUGAGCAUAAUGAUGGGGGUUCCACUUUCAUGAAGUAACUGCUAGAAUUUUGAACUUUCUUUGUUAUCUAUUCUUCCUUUUGUUGGUGUGCCAAACCAGGAUUUCCUGAAUCAAAGAUUUUGUUUUGAUCUUAAGGUCAUGAAAGCACCUGGUCUUCUGUCGCACGUAGAGGGUGUGCUGAAGUUGUUGCUUUCUUUUUUUUAUCACUAGAAGUUGCAGAAAUUGCUUUCAGUCUGUUGCUAUAGAUUUGGAGGAGGUUAGCCUUCUGGAAUCAUAGAAAUGGCCUUGGGAGGUGCUGUAAAAGUAGUCUUAGGCUCCGUGGCCUUCGGAAUUUUCUGGGUCUUAGCUGUUUUCCCUGCAGUUCCCUUCCUACCAAUUGGGAGGACUGCAGGCUCUCUCCUUGGUGCCAUCCUCAUGGUCAUCUUCCGAGUUAUAUCGCCCGAUGAAGCUUAUGACGCGAUCGAUCUUCCAAUUCUUGGCCUCCUCUUUGGAACCAUGGUCGUCAGCGUCUUCCUUGAAAGAGCUGACAUGUUCAAGUAUCUGGGCAAAUUGCUCUCAUGGAAGAGUAGAGGUGGCAAAGAUUUGCUCUUUCGAAUUUGUCUCAUCUCAGCCAUAGCAAGUGCUCUUUUCACCAAUGACACCUGCUGCGUCGUCCUCACUGAGUUCAUACUAAAGGUUGCGAGGCAGAACAAUCUUCCACCGCAACCUUUUCUUCUAGCCCUUGCUUCCAGUGCAAACAUUGGAUCUGCGGCAACUCCGAUUGGUAACCCACAAAAUCUAGUCAUAGCUGUUCAGAGUGGAAUCUCCUUUGAACGGUUCCUGUUAGGGGUCCUUCCGGCAAUGAUCGCUGGAAUACUUGUGAAUGCCGCCAUCCUGAUGGCCUACUUUUGGAAGAUAUUGUCUCUAGAGAAGGAUGAAGAAGUGGCGUCGGUGGCAGGAGAUGUGGUGGUGGAUGAUGAUGUGAAUUUGCACCGGUUUUCACCGGCGACAAUGUCGCAUGUUACUUCCAUGAAUUCUCAGGAGCUUGGUUCAGCGGUCGAUCCUGUGCGCGCUCUCGGUCUUAGAAGUAGGGCUAAUAGCGUCGAUAUCGACAUGCCCGCUGCCUGGAGUGGUGGAAUUGAGUCCAUGAGAACCUCAAAUGCAUCAAGGGAAGUGGCAGAGGGUGCUGGAAUUUCUGUGAGUAGGGAUGAAGCUGUGAUCUCAAGGAGUGUAGUGAGAGGUAUUAACAAUCUGAGAAGUAGUCCAAGAGGAGAUGCUUCAGUCCAAUCUUCAGAUGAGGAGGGCUCAAUCAAGACAUGGAAGAGACUCUGGUGGAAGACAGGUGUCUAUAUUGUGACUGUUGGAAUGCUUAUUGCUCUUUUGAUGGGGCUUAACAUGUCAUGGAGUGCAAUUACUGCUGCUCUUGCUCUUGUGGUACUCGAUUUCAAGGAUGCGCGCCCUUGCCUGGAGAAGGUUUCAUACUCCUUGUUGAUAUUCUUUUGUGGGAUGUUCAUAACUGUUGAUGGAUUUAACAAAACUGGCAUACCUAGUGCUCUAUGGGAAUUUGUUGAACCACAUGCUCGUAUUGACAGUGCUCAUGGUGUUGCACUGCUCACUCUGGUGAUUCUUAUCCUCUCAAAUGUUGCCUCCAACGUGCCCACUGUGCUUCUUCUUGGAGCAAGGGUGGCAGCAUCAGCAAAACUUACAUCGCCUGAUGAGGAGACCAAGGCUUGGCUUAUACUUGCAUGGGUUAGCACGGUGGCCGGAAACCUCUCUUUGUUGGGUUCUGCUGCGAAUCUUAUUGUCUGUGAACAGGCCAGGCGUGCCCAGCCUUUUGGCUACAACCUCUCUUUCUUCAGCCACCUACGCUUUGGGGUCCCAUCAACCCUCAUUGUCACUGCAAUCGGCUUGCUCCUUAUCAUGAGUUACUGAAAAGUCCGAUUGAGAGCCAUUCAGAGAACAAGUUUUUGUAACAUAGAGUUACAGAGGUUCAACAUAUGCAGCAUUUAGCGAUUUCUAUUGUUACAUUGUCAUGAGUGAAUAAUGGGGAAGCCUGUUGUACUAGAGCUGUGCGUUUCUUUUGAUGAUGAGCCAUUACUUUUGCUACAAUGUACAAAUCAAUAGUGGGGAAAUAAAUCCUACGAGCUGGUGAUUUCUUUUAUGUGUACAACAAAAGGAGUUUGGAUAGCCUCAAUAGGAUAAAUUAUUUCAGCUUUUUUUGGUGAU